GAUUCAGUGGUCUUCUUGCCGUACAAGCACUGGAACAGUUCUAGCUGUUUAUGGUUACAUUUACUAAUUUAGCUUCCUUGGACCAAAUACCGUAUUGGGCUAGUCUAUGUCAAGGAGCUGUGUAUUUAUACAGUUUCUUGCACGAAGGACUGCGUUUCUAUAGUGGCUGUUUACUGUACGCCGGUCUUUGAGAUGCAUCACUCCAUCAGCAGCAUUGCAUAUGUUCUCUCAAAAUGUCUCUGCAUUGCAAGAACUGUGGAGUUUUGCAAGAAUUGAAGAGUGACUCUUCACGAGGCGAAUGACAUGGCCUCUGGUUAUGUUUUUGUUUAUCUGCUGUCUCUAUGCACACUGACAUGUCAAAGCAGGGCUGCCGCACCUACGUCAAGAAUAGAUGACUAUUACAAGAUUACAGUGAAUGCUGGCAAAAAUGAAUCUUUUCUGGCUCAUUUUUGGAAAAGCACAGGUUUAUGUCCACCGCAGCCGCAUAAAGCAGCAUCUAACUUUCUUUUGAGUAAAGACAUGGAGACCAAUCUUAUGUUCAUAAGUGCUAUUCCAAACUCUGGAAUAGAACAGGUGAGAAUCCACUGGCUCUUGGACCUCAUCACUGUCAGUGAGGAUGUCAAUGGGACACUUGCCUACAACUUCACACAUCUAGAUCAACUCAUAGACAUGCUCUGGAAACUUGAACUAAAGCCUGGUUUUGAAAUUAUGGGCAACCCUGGAAACAUUUUCACAAAUUUUGAAGAUCCAAAGCAAAUUUACUCAUUUAAGGAGUUGGUAAAAUGUUUGGCCACAAGAUAUAUAGCGAGAUAUGGAGAGCGCUAUGUAUCUUCAUGGAAUUUUGAAUCAUGGAAUGAACCUGAUCACCACGACUUUGACCAGCUGAACUUCACUGUACAAGGUUUCUUAAAUUACUACGAUGCAUGCUCGGAAGGGCUCCGAGAAGCAAGCAAGUCACUGAUUCUUGGAGGUCCUGCUGCCUCAUGCCGUCUCUCAAGUUUCUCAAAAAUUUGCUGGGCAUUACUACAGCACUGCAACAAUGGAACAAACUACUUUGAUCGUACACGUUCUGCGAGACUAGACUACAUAUCAAUCCAUCAUAAGGGUAAUGGAUCGUCAAGCUACAUCUUGAACACUGAGCUGGAAACAAUUGCUGCAAUUAGGAAGUCAUAUAAGAAACUCGAACAUAUACCCAUAUUUAACGAUGAAGCAGACCCGAUGAAAGGUUGGUCCAAGGCACAUAAGUGGAGAGCUGAUGCAACCUAUGGUGCUAUGGUAGCUAAGGUCAUAGCACAACACCAAAGUCUCAUCCUGGCCAGGAAAGGUAACACCAUAGGAUACAAAUUACUGGGCAACGACAAUGGCUUCCUUAACUACUAUCCACACUACUUCACACAGCGCACCCUACUGGCUAGAAUGCAAAUCAAUAACACUCAGUCGUACCAUAGCCAGUUCAUACGAAAACCAGUUUACACAGUGAUGGGGCUGCUGUCAUUUCUUGGAGAGACGCAACUACCAACUGAAGUCUUCAACAGACAAGGCAUGCCAGUCCCAAACAACAGCAGAUUGGGUGUGAUCGCUUCUGUGCAUGAACCAAACACUGUGCGUGGACAAGACAGCUGGCAGAUCUCCAUUCUGAUUUACAAUAGUGAUGAUAUUGGGACAACAAAGGGCAGUUCAACAAUAAAUAUUAGUAUAUCCGGCAUACCAAAUUCAAUCAAUAUUAAAGACGCGAUGUGGGUGCAGUACGAAGUGAGUAACUGGAGGACAAACCCAGCUUAUGUAUGGAAUAACAUGGGCCAACCAGCUUUCCCAACAGUUGAACAGUUCCAGAAGAUAAGAGAUCAGGAGGGUCCAUACCGAUGGUCGAAACCUGCACCAUUCCCUCCAAGCCAAGACGCGAUAGCUGCUGGCAUCGCGUGGACCAUACCGCUGCCCGGGGUUGUGCUGUUUCACGUCUGUGCUAGGGCACAGCUACCUCCAGCACAGGUGACGAACCUCGUCGUCCGCAACGUCACGCGCGAUCAGGUGCUGUUGUUCUGGAGCGACUCCUGCGUGCAUACCAGGUGCAUCGAGACGUACGAGGUGCAGUUUGCUCCACACGGCGGGAAGACAAAGUUUCGCCGAGUGAACGGGGACGAUAUCAUCUUUACUUCGUACUUAUAUGUGCCACUGGAAGAGCGUCAUGACUACAUCGGUGAUGGUGAAAAAGUGAGAGGAUUGUACAGAGUAAGGGCUGUAGAUUACUGGAAAAGGCCUGGACCAUACUCUCUCCCUGCUCCGUAUGGUUGAUCUACAAGGAAAAUAGAAUUCCCGGAUAACUUUCAGAAUGUCCUCAUCAUAGAUUUCCAUUGUGAUAGCAUCAUAGCAGUGCAAUACUGGGACAUGUGAUGAUCAUCAUAGCCAUGUGGCUGUGCCACAAGCAUUUUUGUAGUGGACAGGCUGGGAUUGUACUAAUUAUCAUUGUUGGGUUACGCUACGUUUUCCUAUAUGUUAGAUCUGGCAUAAUUGAGAGAAAUAUGUGACACUAGUCCCAAAUAUUUUGUUAGGUAUUUGUAUGGGCACUCUAAAAUGACGUUAUCUGUGAGGUACUGGAGGCCAAGGGCCAAAGGCCAAAGAAGGUGAAGGUAAAGUUCACCAUUUAUUUCAUAAGUUAAGGUAUAUAAUUGGGUGGAGUCGACAAAAGCUCACCCUAUGGUUUUCAGAUUCGUCACCUAUGGUCACAGUGAGAUAGUGCGUCCGUUUAAAUGGCACUAUAAAUGGUGAAAGAGCAGCAACUGUAAUGAUAGAUGGUAGAUCUUUUUGAUGUAUAUAGAUAUUUAAUAUAUAUUUUCUUAUAAAAAAUCAGUUUAGACAAAUUCCUUGUCCCGUAGCUGUAUACACAAGGUACAUGCAAAAGUACUUAAAUGUAAUUAGUUUGAUAUAAUUGGGGAUGAAAUUGACAGCGUAACAAUGUGUGAUGAACUAAUUUACUAUAGUUAUGUCACCAUGUCUACAAAAUUAUAUUAUUGCCACAAUAGUAUUACGUGCAUUAUACUGCCACACAAUUAUACAGAGUGUAUUUCAUGAUCCAUCAUUACCGUUUACAGACAUGACACACAGGUAAAAUUACAAGGACAGUAUUAAAAUAUAUAAGUGAUGCGCAACGUCAGACAAAAUACAGUCACGUUAAUUUGGGUAAUUCGUGACCAAAAGAGGGCGCCACACAUCGCUGCUGUUGAACCUGUCACGAUUUCAGGUACUUGAUAGCUUUUAAUUUAUAAUCAGGUAGCUGCUGCCUCUGCUAUGUAAACCUCGAUCAAAACAGCAGCUGUAGCACAGCGCAUCUCAUCGGUACGUAGACAUAGGCACCUGGGCUGUGUCAGUAAUAAAAUGAUAAUAAAUACAUUGUAUUUGUCCCAAAUU